CAUUCUGCCAUCUGUCGAAUCGAAAAAAAUGUCGAUUGUCGAAGUCGCAAACGGAUUGAGCCGCGAAUAACGAGUUGCUAGACUUUUCCAUGUGAUUUCUGUACCUGCCAGUCCAACGACCAAAGUGAAAAGUUUUGAGUUUGUGCUGUUUUAUCGAACAUUUCGAAGAUUUUCUCGUUAUUGUAUUCAGUUUAUUGUCUUGUGAGUUGUGAGUGUUGGGAAUAAUGUCUCUUUUCGGAUCGCUGAUGGCGGACGUGGAGGAAGACCCGUUUUUUGGUUCUCACAUGCGGCACAUGCGUCAGAUGAACAACAUGAUGAACUCACUGUUCUCGGACCCUUUUGGCAUGUUGGGUGGUGAGGGCCCGCUGGCCAUCGCAGGCCCGCGGCACGGCAGCGCACUCAUGCCGUUUAUGCCACAGAUGCCAUCGCUCAAUAGAUUGUUCAGAGCAGAUCUGGACCAUGGCCAGAUGAACGCCGGGAGCUCCUUCAGCAGCAGCACAGUCGUCAUGUCCAGUGGACCAAAUGGCAAACCACAGGUCAUCAGCUCCACAAGCAGCACCAAGAUCGGCCCCGGCGGCAUCAAGGAAACUCGCAAGACCAUGCAGGACUCGCGCACCGGCACCAAGAAGAUGUCUAUAGGUCACCACAUCGGCGAGCGGGCACACGUGAUCGAGCGCGAACAGAACGUGUACACAGGCGACGCGGAGGAGCGGCAGGAGUUCAUCAAUCUCGAUGAGGAGGAGGCCGUCGACUUUGAUAGAGAGUUCCACAAUAAGGCGGGUGCGUCGGGCGCAACUCGUGCGCGCCCCGCGGUCACCGCCGCGCGCGCGCCGCGCCUCGCGCUCCCCGCGCCGCCCGCGCCCGCCGCGCCGCCCGCGCACACCGCGCACACCGCGCACACCGCCGCGCCGCCCAAGCCGGCCUGCACAGGUAGCGCGCCGGUCGCCCCGGUCGAGCCGAGUCCGCGCCGGGCCCGCGCCGCGCGCCGACCGUUACGGCCCUCCGCCAGCCCACUCAUCUUGCCCUCCAGUUCGAAUGUCCGCGAAGUGUACAGCAGCUCUCACCCGCAAAGACACCGACACAAGGUCCACAAGGCGAACCGACACUCGCCGAACCACAACUAAACCGGCCGACAACGCGAUAGCGACUACAAACCAUCAACAACGCGAAUAUUAGCCGAAUUUGUCGAUGUUGUUCAAUGAUUGUAUCGUUUGGUUAAAUCGAUUUUUCAUAUUAUCGAUACUUUACUGAUUAUCAGCCAACAAAAUUUUACAUUGCAAUAUCGAUGGGUAAUCGCUAUUUUUUCAGUAUUUUAAUUUCUGUAUAAAAUUGUUUACUGACUAUGUUAUUUUAUUCUUCAUCCAUUGUGAACGUAACGUCGAUUUUCUUCGAACUUUAUCGAUAGCUAUCGCGACUUUUAUCGAUGUAUCAACUCUUGUUCAGCACCUAAUUUGUACAGUACUAAUGUUUCUGAAACUUUUUCAUUAUCGCGUAUAUUAUAUAACUUUUUAUUUUAACAUUUUAAUUAGUUUGUCACAGUGUUAAUGAUUCAUCUAUUUUCAUUUACUUUUGUUCAUUUUGAUGUAGAUUUUCAGUUUGAUUUUAGGUUCAUUAAUCUUGUUAAAAUGGCUUCUAGUUGUUGCCCCGAAAAUAAGCAGCUUAUUUACUCAGCGUACAAACUCUUUUUUUGUCGAACACUUCAAUUUCAAUUGUCUUAAUUUUAAGAUAAAAAAAACAUUUAUAAAUCGUGUUAUAUUUAAUUCCAUGACUAUUUAUAUUCUUGAAUGAAAUGCCAUUUUUUUAUCAAUAAAAUCUAAAGUAACAUGUCUAAUGACAAUGUAUGGCAGAAUUCAUUCAAUUCGUUUUUUUUUACGACCAAACUAUUAUUUGGGAAAUAGUAUUUAGUUAUUUUAAGUUUGUCCGGCUGUGUGGACAGUCGCUAUCGCUGGACGAGCCUCGAUUCGUGUUAAAUACGAAAAUCUAGCAAAUUGAUUAAUAACGACGAAACUCUAUAAAUAUAGAAAAAUGUUAUAAUAAAUAGUGACGAGUUAUUUCACACUUUUGAAGUAAAUGAAUAUUGAAAACGUGGAUAUAGAUAUUAUUUUUUAUUCUCUACUCGUUUACCAGUCAUUUGACUGCCAAUGAAAUUGAUUUUGUGCUGAGCAUAAACUUUAUUUGACGAGACAGCAAUAACUUACUGAGGCUAUGUAAAACUGACGCUUUCUUAGCUGUUUUUUCCCACCGUUCUCUAGCUGAAGGGUUUUGUGUAGCCAAAACAUGAAAACGUAGACAGCAGCAUAUUCUAGCGCUGUAUGGGCUUAUCGAUUUGAUAUAAACUGGCUAUUAAGGAACCCUAUAAGGAAAAGGACCUAAAAACGAACUUCAAAUCUGUUGUAAUUCAUCUUUCUAUGGAAACAUCCUUAUAGCUCUUUUAUUGCCUCAAAUGUGUUUUCAGUGUGAAAUAACUCGAUUGUUUUAAACAUCGCCACCGAUUUUAAUUAGAUUAAUCGAUAACAACAAAAUUCCACAGUCUGGCGAAAUGAAAAUUCUAUUUAUAGAGUAUAAUAGACGAAAAUUGUAAGUUAUAGAUAGACGGGGAAUUGUAAGUCCUUAUAGUAUAAUCGUAUAACUCACUAGGUUUUGUAAGUUCAUAGGUGUAGGAUCAGCAAUACUGAUCGAUUGGGCAAGUGGCGGUACACAGUUCUCCGAUUUUGGGGAAAUUAUCGACUAAUGAUCUAGUAACACUGUUAAAUUAUAAGUACAUUUGCUUUAAAACUUCUCGUCCUGAUUAAAAAUGACGGAUUGUAUUGCUAUUCUAUAUUGAGCAGGCGUUUGCAUUGAGCCAGUGAUAUUUGUCAUACAAUUGUGUUUUAAGUAUAUCUACCGCCGCAUGCGCAAACGGCUAGUUCUGAAUAUUGCUAUGAUAAAUAUUGAUGUCCUUCGACGCGCUUGAUCUGUGUCGAUCAUAGUUGACUGUUCGAAGGACUAACUUGUAACGGGGUUUACGCAGGAAAAA